ACAGGUGCGACUGUAGAAAUUAAAAAAAGAUUAAAUCAAUACAGUUAUCCUGAUUCAGACAAUAAUUCUCUGUUGCUAAAUGAUAUGAAUUUGAAAAACCUUUUGGAUGAAAAAUUGAAACCUGGAUUUGCUCUAAAGAGUAAUCAAAAGUAUGGAAAGAAAGGUGGUAAGAAGUUUGAUUUAAACGUGAUUGAACAAUUAAAAAGCAUGUUUCUAGCUGGUAAUAUAGAAAAAAGUAAAAAAUACUCUCCUGAGGAUAUGUUAAAAGAACUUCAAAGGCUUGUUGAAACUGACGAAUUAGAAGCUGAAAAUAUUCCUUCUCUUCAACAAAUUAAGUCAUGGAUAUCCCGAUUUAGUCAACAUCACAAAAGGCAGGCAGCUGAAAAUGCAUCAUCUAAUUAA